AUGCAUUUGAAGGGGGGCGGCGGGAGAAAAAAGGAUGAUACUGCCGCAGGGGAAGCAGCCGCAGUGGAGGAAGCCACAAGGAAUGAACCCUCAAAGAAUGAACGCGCCAGCAAUGAAGGCUCCAAGUCGAAGCGAGGACCAGUCCUGAGAAACCAAAAUGACGAAAUGAUGGAGGGCAAUGAUGAGCCAGAUAGUUGCAGUGUAUACGACGACACGGUUGAGAAGAAUAUAAACUUUUCGGAGAGCAUAAUUGCUAAUCUGAAUGAUAACAUUUUCGAGCAGAAGGAUGCCUUUACUGAUCAGAAGUUGAGAGGAAACUUUUUCAUACUACAAGAAGGAAUGGCGAAUGGAAAGCAGUUGGAUGUUUACCCAUGGGAAAGAAGAACUAGUAGUGCUUCUUCUUCCUCUUCUGUGCGUGUGCGGGGUGGAAAAGUCUCCCUCUUGUUCGAGGAUGAGUCCCCUGGGGGAGGUGGGCCCUCAGGACAGAGGACAGAAAUAAUGUCACACAGUGGCUUGAACACCCCGUACAAAGGGCGUUCCGAGUCGACAAAGUGGGAAACGUCCACCAAGCACGAAUUCGCAGAGGAGGAAGAGGCAGUAAUAACCCCGAAGACGGAACAACCAAGGAAAAACAACACAUCGACGGAGACAAAUGAAAAAGAAAAGUUUGUCUUCCCAAUUAAGGUGAACAAAAAAAGUUGGAGCAAAGAAAAAGUAUCACAAAAUGCAUAUGAUGAAUACAACCAUAAUGUCAUCUAUCACGAAUUGUACGUGGAGCUGUUACAGGUAAAUAAAGGUCUACAAAAUGAAAUUAAAAAUCUGAAGAGGAUAAUCGAGAUGCAGAAAGUUUUAAUCAAAAGUAGGGAAGACUUAUUUGGUAGUAGUCAUAUGAAUGAGAAAAACAAAAUCAGUGGUAAAAAAUUUGUGAACAAUAACUAUUUUUUAAAUUUCUUUAAUAAGAAAAAAAAAAAAAGUAAAGACAGUUUUUGCGAUGUGCCAACUGGGUCAAGGGUAGACAGAGCGUCCGCCUCCGCGGCCACGUCGGCCUAUGCGAGUGUCAAAAAGAGUCAAGAGAUGGAGGAGGACGAGAAGGGUGGAGGGUAUUGGGCUAAAGGAGAGAGAAGAUCCAGCCAUAGGAAGAAGUACUAUCAAGCGGCUAAGAAUGGGGAGAAGAAUAAGCCGCCCAAAUGGGAGCCCAUGGACAACAACAGUGACGACCCUGGCUACUCAAAGGUGGAGAUUGACACUAUCGAUAAUAACGAGGACAUGGAUGAUCAUAAUAACGAGUACGUGAAGCUGCCGCUCAGUGAGAACGAGGGCUCGGUCCCGUCGGAAAACGCUAGCGGUGGAGGAAGUUGCGACGGCAACAACAGUGACAGCCAGGGGGGAAGUCAUCGAAGAAGUCAGCGCGAUCCCAACCAUGACGACAAUAGCCACACCCCAUUGCGCUCCAACAACCAGAGGAGCUACUUCUUCAAGAGGAGCAACUACGAGGGCCUGCGCGGGAGAAACCACGCAGGAGGGCAAAAGAGCUACGAGCGCGGCUACCAAGGGGGAAAGAAAGUAGACUCAGAAACAGAGCCCAACGAAAUCUCCGUCAAUUUCGAAGAAAUAACGGCACUAAACAUAACGGAUUACUUUGUCCAAAUUUUGAUUAAGAAUACUAACUUUAUCCAGUCUUAUGUCUAUACGAACAACCAGCAGUAUCAUAACCACGUGAGUAAGUACUUUAAAUCGUUAAUUACGUUUCGAAAUAGCAGCCUUGGCGGGGUGCAGUCGGAUGGACCUGCUAUGGGGGACGAUGCGGGGAGUAGCGGGAUGACUGAGAAGGGGGAGAAGUCACAGGUGGAGAAGCUGCACGUGGAGAAGUCGCAAGGCGAGAAGCCCAAGGAAGAAGAGACAGCGCAGCGGAAGGAUGAGGAUAACUGUAGUGCCGGGCUGAACCUUCUGCAGCGAUUCUCAUUCCAGAAAUUCUUCUACCAAAUUUUGAUCGAUCUGGACAGAACGUUAUACAUAAUAAAGAAGAAUCAAGAAUACUUCCGAAAACACGGCGUGAGUACGGACACGUUUCUCUUGACACUGGACCUGGCGGAGAUGAAGGCGAAGCUGAACACGCUGCUGCAGAUGUACGUUGUGUUUAAGCCGGAGUUGGGGUAUGUGCAGGGGAUGUCCUACAUCGCCCUGGUGUUCCUCCUGUACUGCAAUUUGGAGAAGGCCUUCGUGCACUUUGCGAACUUUAUGGAGCGAAAGGACAUUUACAACCUCUACAGCUUCAACAACAACGAAAUAAAAGCUUACACCUACAUAAUCAAGGAAAUAUUAACAAAGCAGAACGUCGAAAUAUAUAAAGAAAUCUCCAAGCAAUAUAACAUUGAUAAUAUCUUCAUUCAGUGGAUCUACACCAUUUUUCUGACGUGUCUCCCCUUUCACAUUUUCAUUCGCCUAUUCGACAUAUACCUUUUUAAUGAAAAAAUAAUAUAUGAGACCAUCCUGUGCAUCUUCACCUACUUCAACAAAUUUCACCACGUGGAGAAUGUGGACGUCGUCGUAAAGAACUUGUCCGCCUUUUCUUUCAACACACACAUCCAGGUGAGCAGCUCGGGCGAGGACAAAUUCUGGUCCCUGUUGAAGAAGUCCAAAAUUAAGAAAAGGAAAAUUCUUUACUACCGGGAGAAGUACUUCAAAGGACACAGUAGGGCUCUGCAUUGA